AUGGCAAAGAACACUAAGCAAUCUUUUGAGUUUAACCGAACCGAACGAUUACGCAGAACGAUAUUCCUCGAAGACUCGUCUGAAGAUGAAUCGUUGGAAUAUACUAACAGGACAAAUACAAGAGAUAAUUGGAAUAAACCACUUGCCACUUUAAUAAAGCCAAAACCAAAAGUCAAAGUUGGAGGCCGUGCUGAUUCCCUACCUGUUUCUAUUAAGCCGGUUAAAGCCGUUAAAAAAAGAAAACCCAUAGUAACCGAUCGUACGGUUUCCGUUAAUGUGUCUAACGUAAAACCGAAACAAGUGGAACCGGCUAAUAUUAAAAUCGAAAAUAAACAAUUGGCCAAUCAAACUUCAACAAAAUUCAAAAGACACGUAUAA